CGCGCGCGCACAGUGAGUGAGUGAGUGUGUGGCCUCGUGCUGGUGUGGCCUGUGAGGCUUUAGGUUGUGAGCAGCUGGAGUUCUCGUGCUGCCCCUUUCCUGUGCAGUGCGAGCCGAGCGCGUGCGUGUGCCCAGCAGUAGCUGCAGUCUUUCUCUCUGGUUAGAAGAACCCUGUUCCUGUCCCAAAAUGUCUGAUCCUGAUGUAGACUUCACCAGUGGAGAUGCUGGAGCUUCUAUGACUUACCCCAUGCAGUGCAGCGCCCUGCGUAAGAACGGCCAUGUGGUGCUGAAGGGGAGGCCGUGUAAAAUAGUGGAAAUGUCCACCUCCAAAACGGGCAAGCAUGGACACGCAAAGGUGCACUUGGUUGGAAUUGAUAUUUUCACUGGAAAGAAGAAUGAAGAUAUCUGUCCUUCCACUCACAACAUGGAUGUUCCCAACAUCAAGAGGCUGGACUAUCAGCUGGUUGGAGUGACUGAAGGAUACCUGUCCCUGAUGAAGGAUAACGGGGAGAUCCGAGAGGACCUAAAGCUGCCGGACUCUGAACUGGGGAAGGAGAUUGAAAGCAAGUUUGAUGCUGGAGAGGAGAUACUGAUCUCGGUUCUGUCUGCGAUGGGAGAGGAGUGUGCCGUGGCCAUCAAAGCAAUGACCUCAAAAUAAAGCAGGACCAGGCUGUGGUUCCGAAAACAUCACCAAAGACCUCAAAUCACCUGUUUAACCACGCCCCUCUCGCUCGCUCUCUCUCUCUCUCUCUCCUUCUCGCACGCUCUUUUUCUCUCUCUCUCUCUCUCUCAGGCUUCUGGCUGAUGGGCAUUUUUCUAAAUCACAGAGGUCCUCCCCCCCGCACACUUCCAUCCUCUUACAUCUUCCCUUUAUCUUCAUUCCUUUAUUCCAGAAUUAUGGUCGAUCAUUCCUUCCACAGAUUUGAGUCAGUUAUAUAUAUUUUUAUAUAUAAAGAUCUGUUUGUUCCAUUCCCUGUAAAAGAGAGUGUGUUGGUUAUUUAGUGUUAUUUUGUUUUAGUGUACAUGGAAGCAUCAAUUGUCCUACUUUUUUUUUUUUCCUCUUCUUAUUUGCUCCUCUCUUCCCUUUUCCCAAGUUUAGUUUAGAUUAUAUUAAGGUUAAGUUUUGUUUUUUGUUUGGUCUGUAUGUAGGCUGUACUUUUUGUCUUUUUGUUCGUUUUAGGUUUAGGUAUUGAAGAUUUCCUUCUCCUCUUCCUCCUUUAGUGAUUUCCAUCAAUGCCCUUCUGCCUUAAACUGGUAUAAAUCCCCAGCCAUAAAAGGCUUCUAUGGACAUGCACUCUUAUUAUUACCUCCCGUUAAGAACUGGCGAGCGGUUGGCUGACACGUUUACCACCCUGUUAAAAAUCUUGCUCUUUGGAAGGGCUUUAGUUUACCUUCUUUUCACCCGAGGCCUUUUAUUACCGGACUGACCAUUUAAACGGCCCAUAUCCCGUAUUUCUCAUGCACGCUUUGCUUCCACAUUAGUCCGGAUUUACUUUACUUACGUUUUUUUUUUUUUUUUUAACACGUAAAAACCCUCUCAAAAUCCCUUAGAAUUAAACUCACUGUGCCUUUAAUAAGACUGACCGACUGUAAACGAUUGGCUGCUCUGCAUCGUGUCUCAUUCAGAACAGUGUUAAAUACUAAAUGCAUGACCGAAUAGGCGGGCCUAAACUGCUGUAGGUGAAUGUGCUGGCUUUUGUGAUGUCAUAAGAACAGUGAAUGCAAAACGGGUUGUAUUUUCGUAUAUGGACUGAGGAUUUUUUUUUUUUUUUGGACUAUAUCAGUGUUUACAUAUCUUAUCAAGCUCUUAAAAAUGCAAAAAAAAAAAAAAAAUCUGUGAUAUGGGCCCUUUAAAUAAUAACAGCUAAAUGUAACUUUUUUUUUUUUUCUCUAUCACAUUUAUUGUCUUAAUCUGUUGCAUAGUAUCUAAAGGUUCUUGCCCACUCUUCGGCUUGUAGCUGAUGUGUGUGUGUGUGUGUAGGUUCCUCUCUUUCGGGCCAAAGUUUUGGGCUUCUUGAGCUUAACAAAAAAUGCUCCUCCAAGGUUAUCUGAAUGACCACUACACUUCUUCUAAUCUUCCCUAAGCCACGUUUCAGUAAGCUGAAAGCUACAGCUUUGGGAUAAAUACAUUUAAUUCACUGCUAAAGGCUAAAACACACCUGGUGCAUGAGCUUUUAGGCUGACUUUGCUCUAAAUCAAUGUCAUUACUAGAUCUAGUUCGCACUUAAAAGUUACAGAUUUGGUCAGAUUUCUCUAAACAGUCCUUUCCUUCUUCUGAGCACUUUCUAUUCUGACAGAAUUCCUGACUUUUCCUACUUUUUUCUUCAUUUGUGUCCAAGUAAAAGUGUUAUUUUUUUGAGAACAAACAGUCUAUAAUUGUAAUUCUUGAUCAUUUGACACUAGUAAAGACUUCUUUGUGCGUUAAUCGCACCACUAAAA